AGACCACUCACUCGUCAAUAAAAAGGCGACGACGACGACGACGACGAAGACGAGGAGGGGUGUAAGAAGGAGCCACAAGCAGAGCCAAGGAGUCAGGCACCAGGCCCCAGGCCCCCAAGUGGCAGGCGGCAGGCGGUAGGCAACUGGCGGCAGACGGCUGGAGUCGUUAGGGGCAAUUCAAAUCAAAAAGCAGUUAGCUUCAACACCUUCCACGUCGGAAUAGAAAGAGAGUGAGAGCCAGGAUGCGAUUGCCGUAUCGUAAUAAAAAGGUCACCCUGUGGGUGCUCUUUGGCAUCAUUGUCAUCACGAUGUUCCUAUUCAAAUUUACCGAACUGCGCCCCACCUGCCUCUUCAGAGUGGAUGCCACCAACAACGAGCUGUCCUCCCAAAUGGUUCGCGUUGAGAAAUACGUCACGGAUGACAAUCAACGCGUUUAUUCAUAUAACCGGGAGAUGCCUUUAAUAUUCAUAGGCGGCGUGCCCAGAUCUGGUACGACGCUGAUGCGCGCCAUGCUGGAUGCCCAUCCCGAUGUGCGCUGCGGGCAGGAAACGCGCGUCAUUCCACGCAUCCUGCAAUUGCGCUCGCACUGGCUAAAGUCCGAGAAGGAGUCGCUCCGGCUGCAGGAGGCCGGCAUCACCAAAGAGGUCAUGAACAGUGCCAUAGCGCAGUUCUGUCUGGAAAUCAUUGCUAAGCAUGGCGAGCCGGCGCCCCGUUUGUGUAACAAGGAUCCGCUGACGCUGAAAAUGGGCUCCUAUGUCAUCGAGCUCUUUCCGAACGCUAAAUUCCUGUUCAUGGUGCGCGACGGCCGGGCGACAGUUCAUUCGAUUAUAUCGCGCAAGGUGACAAUCACCGGAUUCGAUUUGAGCAGCUACCGCCAGUGUAUGCAGAAAUGGAAUCACGCCAUCGAGGUGAUGCACGAACAGUGCCGGGAUAUCGGCAAGGACCGCUGCAUGAUGGUCUACUAUGAACAGCUGGUGCUGCAUCCAGAGGAGUGGAUGCGCAAGAUAUUGCAAUUCUUGGAUGUGCCAUGGAACGAUGCGGUCCUGCAUCACGAGGAGUUCAUCAACAAGCCGAACGGGGUGCCGCUCUCCAAAGUGGAGCGUUCAUCGGAUCAGGUCAUCAAGCCGGUGAAUCUGGAGGCGCUGUCCAAGUGGGUGGGCCAGAUACCGGGCGAUGUGGUGCGCGAUAUGGCCGACAUAGCGCCCAUGCUGUCCGUGCUCGGCUACGAUCCGUAUGCGAAUCCGCCGGACUAUGGUAAGCCAGAUGCAUGGGUGCAGGACAACACGUCGAAGGUGAAGGCAAAUCGAAGACUGUGGGAAAAUAAGGCCAAGCAAGUGCUCCAAAUGAAUCCCAGGUCGAGUGAGGACACUGAUAACGACAACCCCAACAAUAUAAUUAACACUAGCAACAACAACAACAAAAAAAACAAUAAUAAUAAUAAUAAUGAUAUGAACGAUAAUAAUCUGUACAAUAUCAAUAAAAUUAUACCAGUAGAAGAACAAGAACAGCAGCAGCAUCAACUGCCGAGACACCAUCAGGAGCAUGAGCAACAACAUCGGCAGCAGGACCAUCAGCAUCAAAAAAAAGAAUACGUUCGAGAAGAGGAACAGGAACAGGAACCGGAAGACGAACAACAAUUGUUGCAUCAAAAGCCAAAGGAUGUCAUUACGAUAAAGCAGCUGCCAUUACAGUUCAGUGGCAGCAUCAGUAACAGCAACAACAAAAACAAAAACAACAACAACAACAACAAAAACAAUAACCACAACAACCAGAAUGGCCCACUGGCGGAUACAUGAUAUCCGCAUAUACCCAUAAGACUGCCACGUGGCAAGCACUGAGAGAACGCGGAAACUUUGAUAAUGAUUAUGAUAACAAUGAGAGAUGUAUAUGUAGAUGUUGUUGGAUGAUGUGGUGUGCACAGACACUCAAAAACACACACAAACACACAAAUGCAAACCAAUUUUAAAUUGUAUAAGCUAUACAGCAUAAAAGAUUACAUUUGGAUAUACAUAUGUGUAUAUGUAUGUAUGAUGUACAUGUACGUACAUAUAAUAACGCUUUUUAAUGUUACCAAAUAUGAACGAAACACAACAGAAAACAUUUUAGCCCCCAACAGGGUGCGUUUCAUGACAAAGAAUAGGAUAGACAUUGAAACAGAUUACCCCAUAAAUGAUAAAUGAUAUGUAAAUGUAUUCUUUGGGAUGACACAGGCAUUAAUCUGUUCCACAAUUCGCUUAGACACCAUCUCUUACGUAUGUAUAUGCGAAAACACCAUUCCCCAAACUCUAUUCAUUAAUUGUCUUAAUAAGAAGAGUGAUAUUAUGCUUUAGUUUCACUUACACAGUUACAGACCAGGUUUAAAUCUACUUAAUUUAAAGCAAGGACUCCAUUGGACAACAGACUUAAUAUGUAUAAACUAGAACCACUUCCAUAUAACUGGGCAGGAGAUCUGUGGACACUCUUAAGUCAUGAAACGCACUGUCUGCAUAGUAUAUCUACUCCGAACAAUCUAUAAGUUACAAAAGACCACCAACAGAAGCUGAAGAAGUGCAAGCAAAAGCUCGAAAUUGAUUGCAGGCGCUCACCGACCUCUUCGAUAAUAUAUAUAUAUUUAUAUAUAAAAUCUUUCAAUUUAGUUUAGACACAAUCUUUUGUACGCAUGUUUUUUGAGAGACUUAUAAUUAGAUACCAUUUUUUUUUGCAUAUUUUUAAUUGUGUAUAUAUGUAUGUACGAGUAAAUUAUAAAAUAAUUCGAUUAUUAUUUUCCCCCGACGCGUUUCUGAUCGAAAGAAUCUCUCGCGGUGGCUGAAUUUCGUCUUUGGACGUCUCUAGGCCCCUUUAUAAUAUAAAAUAGGGCACUGUUUAUAAGUUUGCAGCAACAGAUAUCUAUGAAUGUUACAUUUUUACUGAAUGAGCUUUUAAAAUUUUUUAUUUCAACAGACGAAAUAUUAGUAAUACAUCAAAUAUUUGCUCCUGUAGGGGUUUUAAAAACGAAAAGAAAAUCGUGAGUAAGAAUAAAACUAGGAAUUUUUUAAUCGUUUUUUUUUUGUUGCAAUAAAUUGACUGAAUGUAAAGAAAAUAAAUUGAAUAAAUCAAUAUAAAUAUUUAAUUAUACAAUAUACAUACAAUAUAUUAUGAAAUAUAUAAAUGGAUGUAUGUAUCUAUGUAAAACUGAAUGUCUAAAUAUGUAAAUGCGAGUUGUAAUAGAUUUUAUUAUACCCAUGCAUGUAUGUAUGUAUAUGUGUGUGUACUGUAUGCCAUGUGUCUGUAUGAAUAAGAGAGGAUCAUAGACCUCGAAGGAUGUUAGGCUUACAACAGUUAAACUGUUGGCUUUGUGGGCACCUGGAGGACGUUUACUUCAGCCUCCACUGCCUGGCUGGACGACAACUCGAGCGACAGCAGAUAGAGCGAGAGACAACUAACUUAUGAUAAGCGACUGCUUGACGUGACUGUACUUACCACAUACAGCUACGACAUGGGGACACAACCCUCGUAGAUAGUAGUUCAAGGACGGGAUUGUACUUACAUACGACUAAUAUAGAGUAAUGACAGUUUAACUGCUGGCGCCUGCAUAAAAUAUGGGUACCGCCUGUGCACUGACAGGAUAUGGAUCUUUUGGAUACUGGUAUAGAUAAAUUCUAGGGUGACGGGACUAUACUUUCAGGAUAUAGGCUAAGAACAGGAUAACUGCUGGCGCCUGGAUGACAUUUACUUCAGAGAGCACUGCUUGAGGCUGCACUCCACUUCAUUUAGCGGAAAAGGACUCUAAGAACAACCAGCUAGAGCGAGAGGCAACGACUUGCUUGGACCGUACUGUACUGACCGCAGCUCCUUCCAAGUUAGUUUUGAAGUAAAUGUCCUUGAGGAACAUUAUUUUGUUUUCUUUUUGCCAGUGAACGCACUCCUCCACACACACAGACAGGCACUCACACAGCCAUAUGAGCCUUGUCCGUCCUAGCUGCUGCGUGGGUGCAUGGGUGUGCGCGAAAGGGAUAGCUAGAUGUUGUAUGUAUGCUUGUACUUAAUUGCCGUUAGCCUGGCACUCAAAGAAAAAGUCCCUUAAGAUAAGUUUUUAUUUUAUUGUUUAUUUCAAGAAAUAAAAAACAGAAGAGAAUUGCUGACAAUAAAUAAGAAAACAAAAAUUGAUUGCUUAGAGGAAAUUGAAAAUGACAAAAAAAAGAGAAGGAUAAUCCAUAUACCGCUGUCUCCCUUGCUCACUAAAACAUUAUUUAAACAAAAAAAAAGUAAAAUUUCAGACAAUGAAAUGAGCAAAAGUUUAUGAUAUGUAUGUAUGUAAUAUAUAUUUUAAAUCUGUGUGUGCGCGUUUCAGAGCCAACGAAAGCAGAGCAUAAAUGUGCGCCAUGAAAUGGGCAAAUGCCUUAAUGCUGGCCAUGAAACGCAGUGUAUGUGUAAACUAUACGAGUAUAUAAAUGUGAAUUGUGAAAUGUGAAACGUGAACUAUUUUUGCUAUCUUAUAAGAUGCAUUUUUUGUCUAAUUUUUACCAAUGUAUGUAUGUAUGUACUAUAUCUCCCCAAAUAUAAAUAUGCAUAGACAUAUAUUGUAUGUAAA